ACCAGAGCUAUGAGCCUCAAUCUUUAGAGUGGGUCUUGAGAAUAGUGCUGCACGUGGUAUUAAAGGGAAAGGAAAUGGCAUGGAUGAAAGAAGUUCAUUAAAUACAUCUGGGCCGUACAGGUUUUUUCUAAGGUACUUUGUUAGCUUCCUAGUCAUCAGUGGGGUAAUGAUACUACUGUCACACUUUGGGUACUUUAUGAUGAAGCAGGAUGCUUUCUUCUCAUCUUUGGCACAGAGAAGACCUCCCCCCGCCCCCCCAGAAUUACUGCAGUGAGAACUGAUGAAGCCAACAGUGCUGGGAAAGAGAGGGACAGUUUCUACAAAACAAAAUGACUCAAACUCAGAAUCUGUAUUCCAGUCACUUAUUAUUACAAAGCAUAAGGGGGUUUUCAGAAGCUUCUUCUCCAAGGGUUACUCAGCUCCCAGUCCAGAUCCACAAAUUGCAAGUGAUUGCAACGCCUGUGAUUGAGACACGAAAAUUAUAUAGCAAGUAGUGGCAAGCCGAGUCCACUGGGACACAUACACUCUAGUGCUCAAUCAAGAUGCUUCACUAAAACGUGUGUGAUUUCCACACUAGUCAGUUUCUUUAGACACCCUAUUAACAUGGCCAGCAGAAAGAUAUGCUUGGCUCUAGGAUUUCUUGCAUUUUUAUGGGCUGAAUUGGAUGCUCAAAACCAAGGGGAGGAACUACAAUGCAGGUUGAUGGGCAAGUUUAAUUUGACUGGAUAUGUAGAUGCCAAAAACCAUUCACUUAUUAUUGCAGGAUUGUUUCCUAUUCACUCCAGGACCAUCCCAGUAGAUGAAUCUAUUCUGGAGCCAGUAUCACCUAUAUGUGAAGGAUUUAACUUCCGGGGUUUCCGCUGGAUGAAAACCAUGAUCCACACCAUCAAGGAGAUUAACGAGAGGAAAGAUAUUUUGCCCAACCACACUCUGGGCUAUCAGAUCUUUGAUUCCUGCUAUACCAUCACCAAAGCAAUGGAGUCGGCUUUGGUGUUUCUGACGGGGCAGGAGGAAUUCAAGCCCAAUUUUAGAAACAGCACUGGAUCAAUUCUGGCAGCACUGGUUGGAUCAGGGGGAUCGUCCUUGUCAGUUGCAGCUUCAAGAAUUCUGGGGUUGUAUUACUUGCCUCAGGUGGGCUAUACUUCUUCCUGCUCAAUUCUUAGUGACAAAUUCCAGUUUCCAUCUUAUCUUCGUGUAAUACCCAGUGAUAAGAUCCAGUCUGAGGCCAUGGUGAAUCUUAUCAAACACUUUGGUUGGGUCUGGGUAGGCGCUAUUGCAGCUGAUGACGAUUAUGGAAAAUAUGGAGUGAAAACUUUUAAGGAAGAAAUGGAGACUGCAAACCUCUGUGUUGCUUUCUCUGAAACCAUUCCCAAAGUCUACUCCAAUGAGAAAAUGCAAAAAGCUGUUGAUGCAGUAAAGAGUUCCACGGCCAGAGUCGUUGUGCUUUAUACCUCUGACAUUGACCUCAGCCCCUUUGUGCUGGAAAUGAUUCAUCACAACAUCACUGAUAGGACAUGGAUAGCCAGCGAAGCCUGGAUUACCUCAGCCCUCAUUGCAAAGCCUGAGUACUUUCCAUAUUUUGGAGGAAGUAUUGGAUUUGCAGUCCCAAGAGCCGUUAUACCAGGAUUAAAAGAAUUUCUUUAUGAUAUACACCCUAGCAAGGAUCCAAAUGAUAUCUUGACCAUUGAAUUCUGGCAAACUGCUUUUAACUGUACCUGGCCCAACAGCAGUGUGCCUUACAAUGUGGACCACAGAGUGAACAUGACUGGCAAAGAAGACAGACUGUAUGACAUGUCUGAUCAGCUCUGCACUGGAGAGGAGAGGCUGGAAGACCUGAAAAAUACCUAUCUGGAUAUAUCUCAGCUCAGAACCACGAACAAUGUCAAACAAGCUGUAUAUGCUAUAGCUUAUGCCUUGGAUCGUCUCAGCAGAUGUCAAGAAGGACGCGGGCCAUAUUCUCCAAAUAAUACUUGUGCAUAUAUACCUACCUUUGAAUUAUGGCAGCUAAUGUACUAUAUGAAGGAGAUUUCAUUUGAAAUGCAUGAUGGAAAACGGAUGGUUCUGGAUGAAAAUGGAGACGUGCUCAAUGGACAUUAUGAUAUCCUAAAUUGGCAAUUAGAUGAUAAUGGAGAAAUUUCCUUUGUACCAGUUGGGAAAUUCAACUUCAAAAGUACUACUAAGUUUGAGCUCAUUAUUCCAAAUAAUUCUUCAAUAUUUUGGAACACUGAGUCAUCAAAGCUUCCCCACUCAGUCUGCACAGACGUGUGUCCUCCGGGGACCCGGAAGGGAGUUCGCCAGGGGCAGCCCAUCUGCUGCUUUGAUUGCAUCCCAUGUGCUGAUGGAUAUGUGUCAGAGAAACCAGGUCAAAGGGAAUGUGAUCCAUGUGGGGAAGAUGACUGGUCCAAUGCACAGAAGAACAAGUGUGUGCCAAAGGAGGUGGAGUUCCUCGCUUAUGAGGAGGCCCUGGGGUUCACCCUUGUCAUCCUCUCCAUCUUUGGGGCACUUGUGGUCUUGGCCAUCAUCGUGGUGUAUGUGAUCCACAGGCACACUCCGUUGGUGAAGGCCAAUGACCGGGAGCUGAGCUUCCUCAUUCAGAUGUCUCUGGUCAUCACCCUGCUCUCAUCCAUGCUCUUCAUAGGCAAGCCACUCAACUGGUCCUGCAUGGCCCGCCAGACCACUCUGGCACUGGGCUUUUGCCUUUGUCUCUCUUCCAUUCUUGGAAAGACUAUUUCACUCUUUUUUGCCUACAGGAUUUCCGUAUCCAAAACUCGGCUUACAUCCAUGCACCCCAUUAUUCGAAAACUCAUUGUGCUGACCUGUGUUUUAGGGGAGAUUGGUGUGUGCUCAGCUUACUUGGUGUUGGAGCCUCCCAGAGUGUACAAGAACAUUGAACCUCAAAAUGUAAAGAUCAUCUUUGAGUGCAAUGAAGGUUCUAUAGAGUUUCUGUGCUCCAUAUUUGGGUUUGAUGUCCUUCUGGCCUUACUGUGUUUUCUUACCACCUUUGUGGCUCGCCAGCUGCCAGAUAACUAUUAUGAAGGGAAAUGCAUCACUUUCGGGAUGCUGGUCUUUUUCAUUGUCUGGAUCUCUUUUGUCCCUGCUUACCUGAGCACCAAAGGCAAAUUCAAAGUGGCAGUGGAAAUAUUUGCCAUUUUGGCAUCCAGCUAUGGCUUGUUAGGAUGCAUAUUUCUUCCUAAGUGCUUCAUUAUUUUGCUGAGGCCAAAGAGGAACACUGAGGAAACUGUGGGUGGGAGAAUUCCCACUGUAGACAGGAGCAUCCAGCUGACCUCAGCUUCUGUGAGCAGCGAGCUUAACAACACCGCAGUGUCGACUGUGCUGGAUGAUUAGAGUUGUGAGUUCCAUGUGAUAUGAUGACCUGGCUCAACCUUCCCUUUCAGGUUGCUUCUGAAGCAGCUGCUUGAUGCUCUGGGGUACUAUUUGCUUGUGGCUGUGAUAGUGUAAGGUUAACAUGGUGAAUGAAAUCUCUUUCUGUGACAUGCCAUUGAGCAUGGAUUAUAAUGUCAUUUGUGAUUGAAAUAAGUUGAAAUAAGAAGCCAUUCCAUUUAGAAUUUUAAAGUAGAGGAUAUAAAUAAACACAGUUUAUCAAAAAUGGUAGUAAAAUGGCUCAUGAAUCUUUUUCUUUAAUAAUGAGUAUCUGUCCUAGAUGUUUAAAUGAAAUAAAAACACAUAAGCAGGACACAGAGAUCUUUUCUCAUCCUGUUGAUACCUCCCUGAAAUAGAUAGUUCUAUUUUUAAGAAUUACAGCUCUGAUGGUUGGGGAGAUAGCUCGGUUUUUAAGAGCACUGGCAGCUCUUCCAAAGGACCCACGUUCAGUUCCUAGUACCAACACAGUGGCUCACAACUGUUUACAACUAUAGUUCCAGGGAGCCAGUGCCCUCUUUUCGAGUGUUUGGGUACCAGACAUGAAUAUAGUACACAAACAUACAU